AUGUUAUGCGUUGCGUUACUCAUCGAUAGAUUUCCUUCACCGAUAGGGUAUAUUCCGUGUUCGGCAACGAUACUUUCAAGUUUCAUCGAAUCAGUUGUAACGGAUACUGCACGAAUCGUUCCUAUAGGCAAUCACAUUUCCGUAUUUAUCCCUGCGACAGAAGACGAACGGAAGGUGAAAUUUAUGGAUGCUGCAAUGCAAACAUCGCCUGUAACGCAACUCAGCAUGUCAAUGAUAGCUCGUCAAUUGCGUGAUAUGGCUGACAGGUUCGAGUACCACUACAGUGAGGAAGAACGACACUCUGCAUGCACACCUGCGCCAUCAUCGCCGCAGUCGCAGGUGCGAAGUUUGUCAUUUUCAACUUUCGUCCAAUUCAUUACAAAAAAUUUCAUCAAUGUUUUACUGGAACGAAUAUUUGAACGAUUCUAUUUGAGGAAAAAGUGA